GAAACUUCGACAUGUCUUUUAUCUUUCUUGAAAUAUUGGUACUUAGUUUAAUAGCAACAAAAGCUGAGUCAAAAGACAACUUUCGAGCCAAAGUAUAUACAGGGAAUGAAGUCAAAACAUCGAAUUCAAGUACCUUGGGAGUUUCUCUUAUGCAAUGUCAAAACAUGUGUGUCUUGGCUAGAAGGAAGGGCACGAGCAACAUUUGCGGAUAUGACAAAGUGUCCAAAACAUGUUUCUAUAGUUUUGACACCGAAUAUGACGUCCUCAGUACUUCUGAAGUCACGAAGGUCGUGCUUAUACCUAUUGAAGAUGCCUGUCAGAGCUCAGAGUACCUAGUAAACGGAAUGGAGCCUGUGUCCGACGACCAGAUAACCGCCUCGUCUGUGCAUAGUGAGGCGCAUGACACAAGAGGUUCCCGACUCGAUUCCGUGCCGACUAAUUCACAUGUUGGUGCAUGGGCUGCUGGGACAACCGACGCAAAUCAGUACAUACAGGUGCAGUUCAAUUGCCCUUACCACGUGAUAGGUGUGGCUAUGCAAGGUCGACCAAUCGUCGGAGUUGAUUGUUGUAACCAGCACGUGACCGCGUACAAACUUCUCUACAGUGGUGACUGUGUGAACUUUCUCACGAUCAGGGACUCCAGUGGGUCGGAUGUGAUAUUGGACGGGAACACGGAUCAGGAUACGGUUGUAACAUCGAUGUUGCCAAGUCCGGUAACCGCUCUCUGUGUCAGAAUCAACCCAGUCACGUGGAUUGGUGACCAUAUCAGCAUGAGGUUCGAUAUUCUCGGAUGUUCCAUGAAUGAGCAGCAGCACUAGAAAUAAAGCACGGAAUAUGAUGUAUACAUGCCCACCGUUUGUAGUUGUAAUAUGCCCGUUGUGAAAAGGCAUGUUAUUAUAAAAUGUCGAAUAAUAUAAUGUUACAUGAGUUUACUUCUUUAUUUUGUAAAUUUAAGGUUUUGUUUUUUGAAUUAUUGCUUCGAGGAAAAAAAUAUGUUCAUUUUUUGUUCUUUUGUUUGCAUACGCUUUAUUAUUCAUUAUUUAUUUAAGUACACAUUAUUUAAAUAAAUAGUACAUGGUUAUAAAAUUGGAUGCCAUUUCCACAAUCGUCUGACUACUUCAAAACAUUGGUAUGAAUGCCGGAGAGCUUGAACGCUUGGUAAUAUUUGUCAUCGAGGAAAUUAUUAUCUUGCAACCCUUGUUAGCCAAUUAAUAAAUAAUAAGAGUAAUCAAGUUCUGUAACUAUACGCCUUAUUGCAACAUUUUUGAUUAUGAUUGUUUGAACCUUCCACGCAGGAAAACUGCCAAACUAUAAUUUUUCAAAGUGAAUUCAACGUUUGAGUGAGUAUAAGAGUGAGUGUCCGCCUCUAACCUUUGAAGUUAUGAGUUCGAUUCCCACCAGGGUGAGGGUGCUCAAGAGGUAUAGGUGUCUGUUACUCACCGAAAGAGGUUGUGAGUUCGAUUCCCACCAGGGCGAGAGUGGUCUAGUGGUAUAGGUGUCAGUCACUAACCGAAAGAGGUUAUGAGUUCGA